AUGGAUAAUAGCUCACCCCCGCCGGUGCUCAAACGUGAGGAGACGCCGAUGGAGCCAAUCGCUCCUGACGACACCAAUGCUGCUCUUACGACCGAAUCUGCGCAAGCGACUCCCGCGGCUGAGGAUACUGAAGAUGGGGCGACCGCCGAGCCCGAAGUCAAACGACCGAGGAAGGCCACUGCCAAAAGAAGUCUGGCUGAAGCAAAUCGCAAACGAAAGGACGACAAAGCUACUUCUGCUGCAACUUUGGCUCAACUUGGCCGAGAUACUGGUAUCUCUAGGGCAGAAGAAGAGAACGGCUUUGCGUUGACACUGGUGCGGUCAACGCCCCUCAUCAAUCAAAAGAACUACUUCACCGACUAUCUUAAAAAGGACGAACAGGUGGGGUUCAUUCGCACAUGGAGGAAAGAACGAGAUUUCGUAACGAGGGUGAAGAAGGGUCAGGUUGAUGAGCAGACACUUGAAGAUGCUAUCAACGGCAAUAGUGAUAUUUGCAAUUUCGAGUAUUUUGAUGUCAACGAGGUCGUCAGUGAGAUGAACAAGAAUAAAUCCACUCCGGUCACGCUGAAUACUGAGGAUCCUAUCAAAGACGAUGAUGAUGAUGACGAUAUUGAUGACGAUGAAGAAGGUGGUGAUAAGUCAAAAAAUGGCUACGAUGUCAUUGUAAUCCAUCCGGGAUCUCUGUACACACGGAUCGGUCGUGCUACAGAUACUGUGCCAAAGGCUGUACCUACCGUUAUUGCUGUUCCCACAACUAACCCUCCGCAUCAAGAUGGCGAACCGCAACCUCAUCGUGAUAACUCUGCAGAAUCGGUGACCUUUGGUGAAGAGUUUGACUCGAUCAAAGAGGUGAUUAAUAAAGAUUUCCGGGCCCGCAUGAAAUACUACAAACGCCGUAUUCUACCAAAUUCUCACGAAACCGCGUGCAACUUCAAUCGCAAACAAUCUUACGAAGAAAUACCUGACCACAAUGAUCCCGACAAAGUUGAAUGGAUCAACUUGAGUGAAGAUAAAUACAAAGACCACAAAUUCUUUGUGGGCGACGAUGCGCUCAAGCUUCCUAUCGACUCGAAAAUGCCCCUGGGGGCAUACCCUCAAUGGAAAUUGAGAUACCCAAUCGUUGAGGGUCGCUUUAACGAGAACCUGCCCGAUUACAAUCUGCCCCAAGAAAUUAUGGGUGAUUUAACAAAUAUCAUCGUUCAAUCUUUAAGUGAUCAGGAUGUUACAAAUCUUGAUAAACUCAAAUGCAUUUUGAUUAUCCCUGAUUUGUACGAUAAGACGUAUGUUGAAACUUGGAUGCUGAUAAUCUUGAAGUUGGUGGGUUUCCUGAGAGUUGGUGUUAUCCAAGAGCUGGUGGCGGCUACGUUUGGGGCCGGUGCUACGCUGGCAUGUGUUGUUGAUGUUGGCGCUCAGACUACUCUGAUAGCAUGUGUUGAAGAAGGGAUGAUUGUCAACGAUCUGCGGAUCCGCCUCAACUAUGGUGGUGAUCAGGUUACUGAGCUUUUUAUGAAAUUUUUACUUGAAGGAAACUUUCCUUACAAUGACAUCAAUUUGAGACGCCAUAAUGAUGACUGGCAGCUUGCUCAACAGCUUAAAGAGCUGUAUUGUACCUUCCAAGAUGCCGACAUUGCCGUUCAGCUUUACAACUUUUACAAGCGGAAGCCAUACGAAACCACAAAGAAGUAUGAUUUUAAGGUCUUUGACUCCGUGAUGAUGGCCCCUUUGGGAUUGUACUUCCCUAAGAUUUUCGGAGUCAACCCGACACUGAUUCCCGAGUUGGCGCUGACGAAUGAUUUGGAAACUGCCGGGCGCCUUUUCUCCGUUCUGGUCGACCAAUAUUCCGACACAUAUGAUAAUCCGGUUCUGAGAUCUCAACAACUCUUGGGUGAACGGCCUCCCUAUUCUGAUCUUACCGAUGAGCAAACGUUGUUGAAGUUGUGCGAUUUCAAGCCUUCCGGGCCUCCUGCGGGCCCCGACCCUCAGCUCUCGGCUGUACUGCUCGAGAAGGCAAUCAUUGAACUGAUUACAAACACAGGGUUGUCGCUCGAUAUGAGCAAGACGAAAAAGAUGUAUGACAAUUUGCUCAUUGUUGGCGGUGGACUCGCGACUAUACCAGGUUUUGACCUGGUGCUUGCCGAUCGGAUCAGCAUAUGGAGACCUAAGUUUUUGAGCACUGACAACACGGCAAAGGUUAUAGAAUUUGCUAAGAAGGAGCUUAAAAGGGGUGAGGAUAAAUGGGUCGAGCUUAUUAAUGAGCUUAAACUUCAGCGCAGAACUCUGCCAGACCAAACUUUGGCCGACAUUGAAUUAACUCCCGAGGAGAUCGCUGAUAUUGAUGCUCAACUGGAGGUUACCAUUGACUUGGAGGCCGUGGAUGCCAUCUGUGAGCAAGGCGAGCCAUUGUCGGUUAGCGUGUUACCGCCACCACGUGAGUUUGAUCCACAAAUGCUUACAUGGAAGGGGGGUAGUGUGUUUGGUCGACUCAAAGUUGUUCAAGAAUUAUGGAUAACCAAAAACGAUUGGGAAAUGUUGGCACUGAGGUGUUUGUAUUACAAGCUGUUAUGGCAGUAUUGA